CAAAUACCAUGUGUUUACUUUAGUUGUUAUUUUUAUCUUUUUCCGGAAAAUUACUGAGAUAUUCGUUUAGAAAUAAACAAUAAAAGCAUUGUUUCGAUUUGUGGAAAACAAUUAAAUUCAAAACUAUUGUGCUUCAGUAAAUGAUCAAUAAGAUUAAAAUCAGGAUUGACUGCAAUGAUUAAAACAAGUUACAACCAAGAGUUUCAGUGGUGUAAACCCACAGGUUGGGGUAUAAAGAAGUGGGGCAGAGAAAGAAAUCUCGAAGAAGAAAAAAGAAAAAAUCCAGAACCUGUUUAUCGAAGCAAUGAAACAUUGGCUCAAUUAUCUAAAGAGAGAGUAUUGCCCUUUGAUAAUUUGCUGGUUCCAAAACCUAUUAUUCAAUCACAUCCUCAAUCACCUUAUCCAAAUUUGGAAUUGCCAAAAGAUGAUGGCAGUGCUCGGUUGACUCGUCCAAGAGUGUAUAAAGCACCUGAGAUUUCCCUUGAUGAUAUCGAGGAUCAAAGUAUUAGAGAGAAAAUAUUAGACUAUACAUAUUCAACGACUUGGGGACUGGCAAGCAAAGAUGCUGGUAAGAGAAUAACCAAACGUGAAAUUCCAAAUUCUACAUGGGAACCACCUGAUCAUGUAAGGUUCAGCAAAAAGGAUAAUUCUGUCAAUGAAGACUGUGAAGAAGAGAUAUCAGAUACAGUGCUUAAUGACUGGGACAGGCUUCAGAGCAGAGCUGUGGGAGAUUGUACUUUAUCUUUCUGGCAGCGAUUUAAAAAUGAGACUCCAGUGAAAUUGAUAGAUCAAGCUACUAUGGAUUUAAAGUCAUCUCAGUUCUCAGACAAGAUCUUGCAGCUAGACAGAGAGAACAGACUCCGCCGUUCUUACACUAUGAGACUUCCUGGCUACACUGGCUUCUUGCCUGAAAAUCCAAUCGGGAUGGAGUCAGAGGAACAGGAACGGGACAUCUCAGAUCCGAUGAUCACCACUAGUCAACUUGCUAACAGAUGGAGUGACCUAAAGAAAUAUGGGAAAUGAAGGAGAAAAAAUCUUUGGAAAUAUUUAUUCUUUUCAUAAAUUUACACACAUUAAUAAUAAUUAAACAAUUCUUUGUACAAAAACAUGGAUAAAAUAUAUUUAAGUAAUAAGUCUUCUAUACUUAUCACAGCUUACAUUUUCCUGUAUUAAGAAAUAAUAUUUGCAAGCUAAAAGCUUAAAUGUUUUGUUUGAGCCUAGAUUGCAUUUCACAAAAGGUAUAAGAUAAAGACCACAAUAAAGUUAAAAAUUAACAUAUAUUUGCACUUGUAAUCUCAAACUAUUUUGAUUUUUGGAGAAUGCAAAAAUUUUAUUACGUGACAAAUUAUUACAGCACUUAAAUUACCCAAAAAAAGUUAUUAAAAGCAGUUUAUAUGACGAGCUUAAUAUAGCUGUUGAGAAAUAGAAGUUAUCAAUAAAGUAGUAACUUGUUAAUGGCCUUGCAUAGGGUGUCUGUACUUCAUAAAACCAGACAGAACCCUGAGCAUUUUACGGGAAGAGUUUAACAAGCAGCUUUCAGGAAGAGAUUCUGAACCAGAUGAAUAGUUUUCAAUUAGUUACUAAGAUGGUUAAAAUGGCAACAAUGAGCGUGGCAGCUUUUUGGAUAGGUGAGCAGUGAACGAUCGUGCUCAAGCUAGCAGUCUGCCUACGACAUACUAUUAGUAGUUUGGGUGUCACAUUCAUGCAGUGUUAGCCCCAUGUUUAAUCUUAUAGAAUGUCUCUUAGUGCUAACUUCAUAAUUUGGUGAAUCAAGAAUUCUUUUAACUUUACAUAUUUAUACAUUUCACUUAUGCUACAAUGUAACCAUACAGACUACAUAGGAACCAAGACUAUUUUCAAGUAAUCUAUUUUAUUACAUCUCUCUGUCCUGGAACAGAAAACCGGGAAUAUAAAAAUGCCUGAUUUAAAUAAUAUUAACACUCUUCAUGGUUGACCAUAUCUAUUUAUCAGACCAAUGGUUGUUCAAUAACUCAUAACUAAUUAUGGCAGUUUAAGUGCAUCCUGCAAUAAAAAUAACAUUGGGGAAUAAAAACUAUUGAUGUAUAAUAACUAACUGAUUAUACUGUCAUAGAGUACAGAACAUCUUACGUUUGCUCAACUCACUCCGCUUUAGCUGAUCCGAGUGCUAAAUAAUUAGGAAUUAAUCUAACUAAGGUAUUUAUUGUAGUACUUCUGGAAGUACUAUAUGAAUAGUUUUCCACAGGCUCCGCCACACAAGUUGCAUUUUGAACUGGUUUAACAGAACUUUUCCGAUCAGCAAAAUAAUGAAAUGGCAUUACACUACAUUCACCUAUUCCCAGUAGUUAUUCUAUGUCAAUGCUGAAAAUCGUUGUAUAAAAUAAUUAUGUUAGUAGACUAUGUGAUCAUCAUAGUAAAUAUCUCUCAAAUAAAAUGUUAUACGAAGUUCAUUAGAUUGUACGCACUUAAAGUAGUAGCAUGCAAAAAAGGCACAACACACAACGUAUUCACUUAUUUUCAUAGUAUAUAUGAAAAUUAUUUAGAUAAACCAUUACAAACACAUUCAUUUAAAAAUAGAUUUAAAUUUAUUUAUCUUAAGAUGCAAUUACAUCUAUUCAAUUCGUUAAAAUUUCUUGACAUUAAAUUGACAAAUUCGUUUUUAAACACCUCAUAAAUCGUAAAAGAACAGUAUUUUAAUAAAGAAUCAUUACUGUGUAUUAUGAAACAGAGUGUAGAAGAAAAUGACACAAGACCAUUAUCCUUAUAACAUAGGCUAAUACAGACAGAUGCAAAGCUCAAUCUGAUAUUUUUCUACCUCGCAACACUGGUGCUCCUAGUGGCAAAGAAAGCAAAUGCUGCCCUAAUAGUAAUUAUUAACGAUUUCUGAUUGGAUUUUUUACUUGUUUGCUACUUCAGUUUGUAUUUAUUUUAGCAUAUUUUCAGUGAAAACCCAAUUUUGAGCAAACCAGUGGCUAUAAAAGUAUAUACGGUAUUGUACUUUAUAGUUUACCAUCUUUUAAAUUUAUUGUUUUGAGCUAUAGAAAAACUGCUCUUAUACCAAUAAUUUUUGUAUUUUAACAGGGUAUGAUAUCCUUGAACACGUUCAGGGGGAUGAAGACUAGGGUUUGCAUUAGUACAAUGUUUCCCUUACAACUUGUAUGUUGGGCGUUGUCCGACAUGUGAUUUGCAAUUCCAAUUCUAUGUCGGACAACAUCCAUAGUAGGAAAAAAGUGAAAAAUGUCUUAUUUUGCCAGGUGAAGUUAGUGCUAAGAAGCCCUCUCUAGCACUUAACCUUGAAAUUGUAUUAAAACUAUUUUUACUUUAU